CGCGAACCAUGUCUGGCAGACCAAAGCGCAGGGGCCGUCCUCCGAAAACCCCGGGUUCGGACAAGCCCAAGUUUCAAAUGCACUUGCUGAAAAAACCCAAGUACCUGCAGAACCUCGAAACCGUGGACGUUGUCCAAUCUCCAGCACCUGCACGGUCUGCAGCUUCAAGACGCAGCGCCCCAGCGUCUGUUGGUAGUCGUACUGCAGCUGUUGUCGAAACGCCAUCGCGCAAUACACGGCGAUCUAAUCAGAAGCCCAAAACUCCCAAAACGCCAGCCGUACCAAAACCUAGGGCACUACGUCCAUCAACUAGUAAGAAGAAGAAUAAGAAAAAGACUACUGUUGACAAAAGUCAUGAUUACCAUUACGGUUCUGACUUUGAUGAGUCUGAAAAGAGCGAAGAGCCUUCUGAGAGUGAACAGUCUGACACUAAUGUUGAAGACGCUGUUGAUGAUGUUAGUGAUAGUGAUUUCUCCGUGUCUGGCUUUUCCGUUGCCAGCCGUGCACGUAAAAGCAACGUCUCUUACAUCAGGAACCCUAGUCCUGAGCCGUUAUGGCUUAGGGGUGAAGAAAUACCUAAAUUGGAGUUACCCAAAUCCUCAGAAGAUCUCUUAGUGCCUACUGAACAUGUCAUGCAAGCAUUGAGUGUCUACGAAGUGUUGAGAAGGUUCAAAAGCCAGGUGCGAUUGUCACCAUUUCGUUUUGAAGAUUUUUGUGCAGCUCUUGUUUAUGAAGAGCAAAGCUACCUGUUGGCAGAGAUUCAUAUAAUGCUGCUGAAAGCAAUAUUACGGGAAGAAGAUUUACAACAGACUCAUUAUGGCGCUGUUGAUCAAAAAGACAGUAUCAAUAGCAUAUUGUAUUUUAUGGAUACUAUUACAUGGCCUGAAGUAUUAAGAGAAUAUAUUGAGUCUGAUAAAUCAUUUGAUCCACAAGUUCUAAAAGUAUUUAAUAAUGGAGAUGAAUAUCCAUUUACAAACAUCAAAAAUAGAUUAUCUGUACUGCAGUUUUUAACUGAUCAAUUUUUGACUUCUACUCUUAUUCGAGAAGAUUUUAUCCAUGAAGGUCACAGUUUUCAAUAUGACGAUCAUUGCCGAGUGUGCCAUAAAGUAGGAGAUCUUUUAUGUUGUGAGACCUGCCCAGCUGUAUUUCAUUUAGAAUGUGCUGAGCCUCCUUUACAUGAUGUUCCUACAGAAGAUUGGCAAUGUAAUUUGUGUAAAGAGCACAAAGUAAUUGGAGUAUCUGAUUGCAUACCUGAUGAUGAGAAAUCUGGUCUAUCAUCCCGUCAGGACCAUUUAGCUUAUGACCGACAUGGUCGUAAGUAUUGGUUCCUAGUUAGACGAAUUUUCAUUGAAAAUGAAGAAACUGGAGAAUGUUGGUAUUAUACAACAGAAGAGCAGCUGGGCUUAUUAAUAGACUCUUUGGAUCGUGAAAUGGAAUCUGCUCUUUUUAACGAAAUAGAAAAAGUCAAAGAAGAAAUUAAUCGACAAAUGAAAAUAACUAUGGACUUAACUUUACAGUAUCGACCAUCAAACAGAAAAACAUUUUUGGAUAUAGAAAACAGUUAUAUAAUAGGAAUGAGAGAAGAGAUGCAAAAGAAAAAAGAAACCGAAUUGGUAAAAAAUGAAAGUAACAACACUGAGGACGAUACUGACAAUGUAAAAGAUGAUAAUGAGUCUAAAAAAGAUGAUAAACAAGAAAGUUCAGAUGAUGUGAUAGUAGACAAAAAUGAAAAUGAAGAUGGUAGUGGUGAUUUAAAAAAUGAUGACAAUUCAAUGGAUGUAGAUGAUAGUGAACAUAAUCAUAGUUUAAGGAGCACUCGUAACAGAUCCUUACGUUUAAAACCUGCACAAAUUUCACAACGACAAACGCCAGAACAACCAAAAAAAAUACCUGUGGUUGAAAAACCUUCUCCAGUCCAUUCAUAUUUAGAUAACUUGGGUACAAGGGUCACUCGAUUCAAAGCUCAACAUAUAGCAGCUGGCACCUAUUUAUACAAACUUGGUAUGGAUAAUAGCUUUAAGACAUAUGUAAAUCAAUACAGUACAAACCCAACUGCGUUAAAUAAAAUUCAAAAAAAUGAAGAACGUGAUAAAAAGCGAUAUAUGUCCCACAAGUUUUCACUUACGGGACCUGGUGAAUACAAGUGGUGUGGACAAAUAUUUGGUGCUCGGUCAACACUGAUAAGUACUGUCAAACAAACUAUUAUUUCAUUAGACAACUUGUUACCAUCAUCAUUGAUGCAUAUCAAUUGGUCAGUGUUACGUAAACCUUGGCUAAAUCAAGUUAACUCUUGUUCUACUCCCAAGGAUUUUGCAAGAGUUAUGGUUGUUUUGAUGUCUUGCAUUAAACCAGUUGUUUAUGCACCAGUUUGGCACGAACAACUCGGGCAUGUUAAAAUUUAUCGUAUCACCCAUGCGGAACGCGAAGAAAAGAAAAAAACAGACAAAAAAGAUAAAAAAGAUAAGGACGCAGAAGAAGAUGAGCGUAAUAGAUUGACCAUACAUUUUGUCAAGUAUACUCUAGGUUUGAAACAUCAAGUUCACAAACAAAAAGGAGAAGAAUAUAGAAUUCAUGGUCAAUGGGGAUGGCAGUGGCUAUCAAAAACAAGAGAUUAUAAAUUAGCUGAUUCUUCAAAACAGGGCUUAGCAGCUGGACCUGCCAAAAGAAUUUUUCAAGGCAAAGAUGAUAAAGGAGUUCGAACAUUUUCUAUCGCUGAAACACUUUACGACUCUAUAAUAUUGAAAGAGUGUACAUUUGACUCAGAAGUAUCAAGUGGAAUUCUUGAUGACCAAAGUGUCAUACAUUUAGAUAGCGUUUCAGAUAUUGAUUUUAUAAAUAUGAAAAUCCUUUCACCCAUUGAUAAACUAGAUGAAAACAUCAAUAUUAGCAAUACAUUAUGUUCUACUAGUCGUAUAAUGUAUCCUAAACUUGCCAAAAAAUGUAAAACAGACAUGUUGUUGCCAAGAAGAAUGCAAUUAAAAUUAGCUGAAGAAAGAUCAAUAUUGACAAAAAAUACCAACACUCCAAAAUCAGUUCCAGAAGCUGUAAAUACUAAGCCUUCAAAUGCUUCUUCCCAAAUGCCAGCUGAAAUCAUUACCAAAAUGAGAGAAAAGUCGUAUAUGUUGAGCAAUUUACAAAAACGUGUGAUUCAACUCAAACAGCAUUAUUUAUCAUUUAAUACUAUGUCUGAACAUAUGAUAUGUUAUAAUAGUAGCUGCCGAGCAGCUAACAAAUCUAGUGUGACUUCCUCAUGUUAUAGUCCACUUUGCAUUAGACACGUGAGUGUACGAAACGAACUUCUAUCAUUACUACGAAAAAUGAAUAUAUUAAAAUCAGAACUAACCGAAUUAAAAUCAUCAAUGCCUAAUGACCAGGGUGUAUCAAAUUUGAAAACCGAAAAGACUGAUAAUACUCCAGAUGAACCAGUUAAAAUUAAAACUGAAGUUAAGAAAGAAGAAAAUAUAGUUAAAACUGAAGUUCAGAAAGAAGAAAAUAUAGUUAAAACUGAACAGGUAACUCAAGAGAAUGAUGAAGUUAAAACCGAGAGUAUCACUAAGCAAAAAGAUAUAAAAACAGAAAGUGAAGAUGAACAAAAUGUGAAAGUUGAUGUCACCAGCAGUCCUACUGGUCUAAGUGUUUUGAAGCCAGCAAGAAAAAGAGGUGGUGCUAAGCGGGAAGGUGUUUUAGUAGAUUGUAUAGAUGACGGUCGUAUUUAUUCCACUGAAGAUACACGAAAAAAGAUUUAUUUAAAAAAGCUUUUAAGUAAUAAUGUUCCUGUUAAAAAGAAAGCAGAGAAAAUUAAAUACCCUCCUACUUCACGAUUUUAUACACGGAGUAAACGUUGUAGUUUAUUAGUAUUGCCAAAACACGAGCUUCGAAAAUUAGCUAGACAUGGUGGACAUGAUAUUGUUAAUGGUUUCAAUCCAAAUAGCAAGACCAAUAACGCUGUAUGGCCAUAUCCUUGCCCAAGACCAUAUUUUAAGACAUGUUGGCUUUAUAGAACAAUAAUGUUUAACACCAUAUCAGCUGCUGCUUUACAAUUAAGAAUCUUAUGGGCGUGUUUAAAAUGGGAUGAAUUAACCGCUAAGACUGCUCAUUUGGCUAGCAAACGAGAGGUAACAACUGAAACUGAAUUAGUUACUACAGAAACUUUAGAGUGCCGUACUUCGGGCCAAUUCAAUGAACACACUGAAUAUUUAAUACGCAAAGUUGUAAUACCAUUAGAUAUACCAAAACAAGUCAGGGAAGUUACACCCAUACGAAGUGGCUUAAGAAAACGUAAAAGGGAGGAAGCGCCAAGAAACACCGCACCACAGGUAUCUGAAGUGUGGGUAGAUGAAAGUAAAUUAGAGUUGGUAGAAAUCAAGCAGUUUCAUGAAAGAGUGGAACGUGAAAUGCAGAUGCAACAAGCCAUGAAAACACGUGCGUCUACAGCCUUUGCUAAUAAAUUAUUGCAUAAUGAUUCUUCUCAUAAUCGAAAUAUAAAUGAUAAACUCCGCAUACAAAACUCAGAUACAACAGAAAACAUAAAAGAGCAACUAGAACAGUCUCUUAGAGCCCAAAGAAUAGCUUAUAAAAGAUCGUCAGUAAACAAUGAUAAUAACUCUUCAAAUAAGAAAUUGUGCAUGGACGUAUCCAACUCACAGAGUCCAGUGACUAACAGUUCAACACAACGUAUGAAACUUGUACCUGGUGAAGGUGGAAGAUUGAGGCUGAUGCCUAAUAAUAAACCUUUAGCUCAAAGUCCUUUACUUCAAUCUUCCCCGCGAGUUGCCAAUAAACCAGCUACUAAUACCACUCCAUCUACUCGACGUAUAUACAUGACUAAGUGUCCUGAUGGUAAAACCAGACUUGUAACUACACCAAAAACCAUUAUCACUGACACUAAUGUGAUGAAUCAAAACUCAAUGAAGAUACAAUCGACUAACUCUCAAAUAGUUACUACAAAUAAUGUCACCCAACAAAAAUUGCAAUGUAUUAAAGGCGAAGAUGGAAAAUUACAAUUUAAAGGUCUUUUGCCAGGACAGCAACUUAUUCAACUACCAGAUGGCAAAUUACAUGUGACCAGCUAUAUAAAUCCUAGCCCAUCUCGUACUGUGCAAAUAGCUAAGAAUACAAUAUUGACAAAUAACAAUAAUUUUCAAAAAUCUGGAACUCAGACAAUCAUUUUGAACCGAGGAUCACAGCCUAUUCAACAAGUUUUAAAACCUCAAACUUCUCAAGUGGUAGUUUCUGGUGGACAGUUAGUAAAUGUUUCACAAGGUCAACAAAUGAUUGUACAGCAUAUUAAUCCAAAUAAAGCCACUAUAGCCACUAUUAAUGGACAACAAGUAUUAAUACGGCCCAAUACUAGUACUUCUGCCAACAUCAUAAGUAGUGGUGGCCAGACAAUUAAGUUUGUACGACCUCAGCAAACAGUUCAAAAAAUUCAUCAAUCUGUACCACCACUAUCACCUAGAGUUACUCAAACAACAACUGGAAUUGUUCAAGAUCAACAUAGACCAGUACAUCCUCAAAUUGUACCUGCACCAAUAGUUGAUGAACAAGAAAAAUUAUUAUUAGCCAAUCAGCCACCUGGUACAGUAAUAAAAUGUAUCACAGCUCAAGUUAUUCAAAGUCCAACACAUGGUAAUAAAAUAGUUUUGCAAGGAUUGCAAGGUAACGAUUUCACACCUCAACAAUUGCAACUUGUACAACAACAAGUCAAACAACAACUCUUAAAAGCCCAAGAAUCCAGUGGUACUCAAGGAGUGUUAGGCCCUACAAAAAUUUACCUAGCUGUUCAACCACCAGAUUCUCAACUUCCUCCUGUACAAAAAACUGGAAUCGUAGCACCCAUCACAGCCCAACCUACAAUUAAAAUUGAACCAUCCUCUAAGCCAUCAGUUCCUGUUCCAAACAAUAUAUCUGAAAGCAUAACUCAAAUUAAAACCGAACCACCAUUGAAGUCUCCUGUGAAUAAAAUCCCCGUUAUUAAGGAAGAACCAAUUGAUUCCUCCAAUUCGUUUGUAGUGACUCCAAACUAUAUUAGUCAAUCAAUUAAAAAUGUCUUAAAAAAUGAAGAUUUGAACCCAGAAACACAAGAAAAAUUAUUACAGUUGCAAAAAUAUCAAGAACAACAAUUGCGCGAUCCAGUAUCACAACCAACCGUACCUGCAUCUCCUGUCCGAAAACGACCUUAUGAUGCGGAUACUUUGUCAGAAUUUGAACCACCCAAAAAAUCAACCGAACAUGAAAAUUCUGGGUCGUUGGUGUCUCCCGAACAAUCAAAACUAUAUCAGACAUUAAAACAGGGCGAUGAUCUUCGUAAAAUGCAACAACUUCAAUCAAAACUCCAGGUUAGCUUGUUCAAACAAAAAGAAUUAUUGAAAAAAGAUAUACUAAAAAAGAGGGCGCUUCUGGAAAAAGAAUUGCAAAUCGAUAUUCAGAAUGAAAUAGCUGCUAAUGUGACUGUUUCAUCAGCUGACUCUACGACCACAUCCACUAAUGUGACUGAAAAGACUAUCCCAGUAACACCAGUUGCUGCACAAGUGACUCCUCCUCCUCAAGGUAGUAGUAAACGUAAACACGCUUCAGGACCGCCAACCACUAUACAAACUACACCUCACGCCAAUAGUAAUUCAAAAACUAGUAAUUUGGGACCUGGUCGACGACGACCAAUGAAGAUUUCCCCUCCAGCGCCAAAUCGAAACCAUUCUCGACCAUCAUCAUUAACACCAGCUAAAAAAUCUAGCCCAAAGAAAAGUAAAAAGGAAAAAAUUAUGUGUCUAUGUCGCACACCUUAUGACAGUUCAAAGUUUUAUGUUGGCUGUGAUAUGUGCCAUAACUGGUUCCAUGGUUCUUGUGUCGGCAUCACUGUACAAAUGUCUAAAAGAAUUUCCGAAUGGUAUUGUCCAGAAUGCAAACGAUCCAGAGAUCCUGAAGUUCUCUAUUGUAUAUGUAAAAAACCAUAUGAUGAUCAACAAUUUUAUAUUUGCUGUGAUAAAUGCCAAGACUGGUUCCACGGCAGCUGUGUUGGUGUAUUGCAGUGUGAAGGCGAUAAAAUGGAUGACUACAAUUGUCCUAGGUGUAUGUCCAACUCUGAAAUAAAUUUUGCCAAUUUGAAACCAUUGAACCAACAAGACAAUGAUGACUUAUUGAAACUUAUCAAACAAAUACAUUCGCAUAAAAGUGCAUGGCCUUUCAUGGAGCCAGUCGAUCCUCAUGAAGCUCCUGAUUAUUACAAUGUUGUCAAGGAGCCUAUGGACUUGAAUUGCAUUGGUAAAAAUGUGACCGAUAAGAAGUACAAGAAUCUCACAGAAUUCAUUCGUGACAUGAUCAAGGUUUUUGACAAUUGUAGAUAUUAUAAUCCACGUGAAUCACAAUUCUACAAGUGUGCUGAAAUUCUAGAACAGUUUUUUGUGUCAAAAUUGAAAAAUAUAAGGGACAAAUUUUGUGAACAAUACAUGGAAGUCUAAAAAACGGUUUUCAAUUGUGAUAAUUUUUAGAUAUCAUACAUUUUUGAUGUUUUUUUAUUAUUUAUUUUAAUAAACAUUUUUUGUUCUUUUAUAUUAUCUUACAGAAAAAAAACUUACAUUUACUCAAUAGAUUAUUUUAUUUAUUAAUAAAAUAUAUUAUCAUAACACAAAUUAUUGAUAUAUUAGAGAAAAUCUAUAUUUUUAGCUAACUUAUUGUUUAUUUUAUUGACAUAUUUUUACGGACAGUUCACUGCCUAUUCAGUAACAACAUUGAUAUUUUGUUAUUGACAUAAACUGAUUUGCUGGUGAAUCUAUCUUUUUUUAUCAAUUUUGUUUGAAUAACUUUACUAUUGUACAAAAUAAUAAGUUUAUUUUAAAGUUACUGUUAAACGAUUGAUGUUUGUUUAACCGCUCAGAAGCCCAAACACUCAUUCCAAAAAUCUAAAUCAAAGUAUAUAUUUUUUAUCUGUUUAACCGUUUUUUUGUAAAAAAUAAUAUAAUAUAUAUAAUUAUAAAUAAAACGUUUUACAGUGAUGUAUAUUUUAUAUUUGUCUCUCAAAACAUGUUUUAUACAAUAUGUUAAUGUUUUAAUAUGUUUUUUCUUUAAAUAUGUCAACUCAAAACCAAAAAUCUGUACGAUUUGUUUAUUGAAUGCAUGUAAAUAGUUAUACUGUGUAGGAGUAGAGCUUACUCCUAUUUUAUUAUAUAAUAUAAAUUAUAUAUGUUAAAAUUAACUAUGAUUUAAUAAUGAUUAUUACAUAAACGGUGAUGAUGUUUUUCUUA